GUAUUCUCCAGAGGUCAUCUCUAAUAAAGCAGGAAAGUUGAUACGAAUCGUUUCGUUUUCCGCUCAUUGUUGUGAAAUAAAUUUGGAACAGAAGAAUAGAGCCACACAUAUUCAAAGCUCAGUAUCCAUAGGGACGUAGUUAUGGAGAGUAAUAGUAGUGAAAUGGAAGGUAACGGCGGAAAAAUCGCAGAAACUGCACCCACAAAUGACUCAUCACCUUCACUGAACAUUUUAUGUGCAAUUUGCAACGAGUUUUUCCGGGCCAACGACAUAAUUUUCUCAACUUCACGGUGCGGUCAUGUAUUCCACAAGGACUGCCUCACCCGAUGGCUGAAUAGGUCCAGGACCUGCCCCCAAUGCAGAGACCCAUGCGACCGACGACGCGUGCACCGAUUGUACCUAAACUUCGCCGAGGCCCCGGAGUUCGAUGACACCGAAUUGCCCAAGGUGGCCAUGGAUUGGGUGCCCAUUGAUCUGGACAGAGACAGCUUACCGGAUGCCCACCUGCCGCCCGAGGGAGCUGUGCAGUGUGGCACCAACGAAGACGGACUGCCCACGUAUGUGGCCAGAGGAUAUUACCACGACGAUCUCCUGCCUGCUCCUUAUGUACCGGAAAAGAAGGCUGCCUUCGGUUCGCACAGCUGUAGCGCCCGAACUCUGACCGAUGAUGUCGAGAUCCUGGUGCUCAACGACUGUGACUACAAGUGGGUGCCCGGACAGCAUGGAACAUAUCCGCGGGAUGCUCUGAACACGGGCUACUCCGAGCUGGGUGAGGUCACCUACACGGGUCGUGGUCUUUACCAGGGUAUCCUGCGUCUGGGCAAGGUGCAUCCUUCCCACAAGGUCAUGUACAUCCCGCAUCAUGGUCAAGAGGUGAGCGUAAACACCUACGAAGUCCUGGUGGUCACCCCACGUGACCAGGCAGAUCGAUGAUGCUGCUGAUAUCUUAAAUCUCUUAUGCCUUAUUGUAUGAAUCUGUGUUAUAAAUACAUAUGUACGUCUUAUUCUAUUUUUGAAAAAAAUCGGAUCUAUUAUUUCUGUACUUGUUUUAAAUUCGCUUAUCAGUAAGCCAAGAUUUGUCCCCAAUUUCUUUAAUCAAGCGAAAAAUUGAUAACUUUGUUUUGACUGCCAGCAAAUUAUGUACAAAUAAAAGUCCCCAUAUACAUAUGUAUAAGUUAGUCUGCUAUUUGCUGCCCUCAAGUAUGCAAUUCUUUAUAAUAGUUUGGAAAGUGAAGAUGUUUGUGACUAGACACGGGUUUAAAAAUAUUUUGACCUUGACUUGAUCAAUGCCUACGAUAAACGGAAAUCUUGGUUUUUUGUAUAUUGUAUCUAAAACGGACCAACUGUCUUCAAAAUGGCAAGAUUAAUAAAAACUGCGGUCUUAAAGCUUUCUUACUAUCGCUUUUGUAAAGUAUGCACAACCGAGAGUUGCCCACAGAAGUUCUGGAAAGUGGAAACGCAGAAGACGAGGGGAGUCACCCACAAGGAUUCGGAAAAUACAUUCAUCCAAUCAGGUGAUGUAAAUACGGAGGUAAGACUAUGACAUUCUGCUGGUGAUUUCAAAAGUUUUCAAAAGAAUUUGUUUUAAUGUUUGAUUAAUGAUAAUGCAAUUUUUUUGUUUUAUUAAAAAUGUGUUAGACGCUAUUUAUAUGCUGAUUAGUGUUUUGAACCUACGCAUGUUGCGAACAUAUUGAUUAUACCUAAACAAAGAGGUUUAAGUAUCUAUAUAAGACUACUCGUAUAACUCUACAAUUCAUGUUUUUCUCUGCACUCCGGCUUGGCUUUGUUGUUCCAACAGAGGGCCUCACAAAAUUUGCUUUAAAAAUACGUAAGCUUGUAUAAUUCGUUUAAUAAAUCGGCUGAACCUGCACUAUAACAUGACAUUUAAUAUAUAAGUAUAUAUUUAGCUAAAAAUACAAAUUUUUAUAUGUUCAACAUGCUUUUAACAUUUCACCAACAGGCGUUUUACUUUUCAAUAGAAAUAGGAUUAUUUUUGUUUUUUCAUUGACUUUGUACUUAGUUUCUAAGCAAUUUGUAUAUAUAAAUAUAAAAAUGAG